AUGGAAAGGACGUUUAGAGCUGGUACUGUCGACUACGGCUGGAGCCUGGAGGAAACUAACUGCCAAGAGGUCUCUUGCAGAGGGAAAGCAGUGCAAAAAGGUUGGGCGGCGAAAGGUUUUGAUUGCAAGGCUGUUGGCAAGACUUCGGAUACCGCGCAUGCGCUUUUGCGCAGUGAUGGCUGGGGUGGACGUUGGGGUCUAUCUCGAUCGCCACAUUUGCGAAGCUCCUGGUCACCAUGCGUAUACGCAGCUCAAGCCUAUUCGACGUAUUCCCUUCCCGAAGACCCAGCGUUUGCUUCUGAGUUCAGCUCAACAACCUUCUCGAAAGAACGUCAAACCCUCGAAAAACGGCGACUUUUCGUGUUGUAUAGAGGGAUCGAGCGGGCGCAACAGAGGACGAUCAACGAGGAGUCGAUGCCCGUUACGAAGGACGGUUGGUUUCAACCGGGAAGAUGGAAGUUUGGGAGUGACGUCAGCAAACUUGAUCUCAAUCACCGCGAGUUCGUCGCGUUCAAUUUGCGUUCAAUGCAAAUACUAGUACUUCUGUACAUCUCACAAAUCCACCUCACCUCUCAUGGUGCUCUUUCUACUCAGCGUUACCCCAACGGCCUCGAUGUUUAUGGGCUCAAAAAAAUUGUUACUACGUACCGACGCACAUACAAGGGAUAG